AUGUUCGCGGUGGUGGUUUUGGCUUUGAGUACCAAGAAGCUCGCUGUUGGGGUCACAUUGUCUGCUUUUCUGCUUCUGUUUCUUGAAUACGCGGGUAAGCACUUGGCUUGUUUCUUCAAACCAUGCUCGAAAGCGAAAUCUGUUUUGCAAAACAUGGCUCAGAGGGCGUCUUCAUUUUUAUUGUUUCUGAAUGGUUUUCAUGAGAGUGAGGAUUUGAAGGGGGUGAUUGUAUGUGAAAAUACUGGGGAUGUUGUGUUUGAAUUGGUUGAUGCUACGAGUGAUUCAGACUCUGCUAUUGGAGAGAUUCAGAUUGUUGAGUCUAACAAGAAGGGAAGUGUGUGUGUUGAUGAAACUGGUGGAGACAGACCUUUGAUUGCUUUACUUGGUGCAGAUUAUGAGAAGGAGAGGGUCGUGGAUAAGAGAGAUGUUGGUGAUAAAACUUUGGUUGAGUUGCUUGGUAUGGAUUAUGAGAAGAGGACGGUGGUGGAUAAGAGAAGAGUGGGUGCAGAAAAGGCAGUCGGUGAAAGAACUUUGGUUGAGUUGCUUGGUAAGGAUUAUAAGAAGAUAAAGGUAGUGGAGGGUGGUGAAGAUGGAGGUGAAUUUAUAGCAGAUAAGAAGAGUAAGGGUGGCAAAAAUUCUAACAUUAAAUCAAAACUUAUCAAGAAAUUUGUGCCUAAGAAGUUGCGCAGAAAGGGUAAGCAAAAUGAACCGGAGCUGGAGCCUCUCCUAAGCAGUGAAGUUUCUUGUCACAUGGGAGAUGAUAACGUAGAGGGAUGUGAAGAACAUGAAGACCAUAAAGAUGUGAAACAAGAGGAACAGGAAAGCGAAAACAUGUCAGUGUUUUCUGCAGAAGAGAAAAGUGAAAUCCAAGGAUUUGACGGAGUUUCUGAUCUUGGCGAAGGAUCAUUGGCUGGGGGAGAAACACCCUUGAUUGUUGAAAGGAAGGGAAGAGAAGGGAAUUUAGGGUAUCUGGUUCUCUUUCUAAUUGUUCUUGCUGGACUUUUCGGAGGUCGGAUUGUUGCCCUGAUGCUUACAAUCACAAGCUGCUUUAUGCCGAAGUUGGCUGGAAGCCUGAGGAGAUCGACUGGGGUGCAGAAAAUACUGGCCAGAAGACACUCGUUUGCCCCAAAAGUUGCUCCGAAAGUAUUGAGCGACUUUGUUACACAGAUGGCACUUGUAAUCUAA